AUGAAGGGGGGAAUGAAUUCCAAAACUUCAUCAUCCAAAAUCAAAGCAGAUAAAAUUAAACCACUUGCAACACCAAAACCUCCAACGACAGUACCGCCUCCUCCUUCAGUUAAUCCUUCAUCAUUCACUUUAUUAUAUCCAUUUCAAACAUUAAAGAAGCAAAAAGAUUUUAAAAAGGAUUUCAAGAUAUUAAAUAAACCAAUUGACCCGAAAAUUCAACCGUUAAAGGAAAAAUUUAGUCGCCCUUCAUUUGCACCAUAUCCAUAUUCAUACGAAAUCGAUCAUUUAGAAUAUUCAAAAGGAAACGUUACUUAUUUAUUUGCCAUUAACAUUAACACUAGAUAUUUAUAUUGCAUUCCAGUGAAAGGGAAAACAGAACAGGAAACAAGAAGAGCUAUUCAAUACUUACUAGAUCAUGAAAGAGUAGAUAAUAUCAGGGGUGAUGGUGAUAAAGGAUUUCAGGCAACUAUGACUCAUUAUUUCCCACAAAUUAAUUUUUUCUUUUCAUCCUCUCCAUAUACGUUUCAUAAUAAAAUAGUUGAUGCGGUAAUGAGAACUCUUAGAGAUGCGUUAGGGGUUAACGGUCAGAUAUACUGGGAUGGAAAUCAUGACUCCAUCAUACAACAGUUAGUAUAUUAUUAUAAUAAUACAUGGCAUAGAACUAUAAACAUGAAACCAGUGGAAAUGAAAAAUGAUAUUUCAAAAGAAUGGGAAUAUAUUAGAAAGCAAAUGGAAAGGUUGAAUGAUGUUAAACGUGAACAAAUUAAUUCGGGGCUCAUGAAUUUUAAACAAGGGGAUAAAGUUUUGAUUCAUCUCGAUUAUGGAAAAACUAAUAAAUCAAUGACAAAAAGAAGACGAAGAUUUGACACAAUAGCUGAAUUUGUUAGAUAUAUUAACGGCAAUGUAUUAGUUGAAGUUGACAAUAAAUUAAUAGAAAUUCCGAUUUAUUUUAUUACUCCAUUAUAUUUAAAUAAUAUUUAA